AUGACGCUGAGAUCACGCUGGGAGGAGCCAAUCCCCGAUUGCUCUUUGCAGCAAUGGAUCUUUGGUUCGGCUUCCGGUCCUAUGGAAGAUUCUGAAAAGCCUAUUCUCAUCGAUGCCGAUCGACCAGAGACUCACCACCUCAACAAGACCCAGUUUCGUCUCCUCGCAAAGCAGAUUGCGCUUGGUCUUAUUGAUGCAGGCAUGCGUGAGGGUGACAGAGUACUCGUGUUCUCUUCCAACAAUAUAUACUUCCCAAGCGUGUUUCUUGGAAUCUUGAUGAGCGGGGGAAUAUUCACCGGCGCAAACCCUGGCUUCACCUCGCGAGAGCUCGCUUACCAGCUCAAAGACUCGGGCAGUACCUUUCUGUUCACGGUAUCGACUUCAAUUGAGACUGCACUCGAAGCUGCCAGUGUCGCUGGCCUUCCGUCGGACAAAAUCUUUGCCUUGGAUCCUUCGGUACUGCCGCCAUUUGAUCAAUCAGCUCCCACCCAGGCCACGCAAGUCAGCGGUGUCCGUUCGUGGACCGACCUUCUACUAGGCAACCAAGAACGAGCAAAGACCUGGGAAUGGAGCGAGCCAAGCAACCCGGAGGCAACCGUCUGUUGUCUCAACUACAGCAGUGGUACAACAGGAGUCCCCAAAGGUGUCGAGAUCACCCACAGGGCCUACGUCGCCAACGGCACUGGCGUCAUUGAGCUCGCAAACAAGGACCCCGAAGAAGCCGAGUUCCGAAAGAGAUCCCGGUUGCUCGCUUUUCUUCCCAUAUAUCAUGCCUAUGGGCAGACAUACUUUGUCUCCAUCUACCCCCGCAUCGGCGUGCCCGUCUACGUUAUGCCAGCUUUCAACUUUGAGAAGAUGCUGCAGCACGUGCAACAGUUCCGCAUCUCGACCCUCAUGUGUGUUCCGCCCAUCCUUGUCUAUCUCUCAAAACACCCGAUUGUCAAGAAGUACGACCUCAGCAGCGUCGAACGUGUCAAUUCUGGCGCUGCACCACUCAGUCGCGAGGUGGCUCAGGGCGUUGAAGCCUUGUGGCCAGAUGCGAGUGUUAUCGUGAGGCAGGGAUGGGGCAUGACGGAAGUUACAUGCACUUGCAUGACAUGGGAUUCUCGUGUGGAGAGCAAGGUCGCGGCAGUGGGUGAGCUUUCGCCCAACUGUUCAGCGAGGAUCAUGAAGUCGGAUGGAAAGACCGUGGUGGAACAGGCAAAUGAACGCGGUGAACUCUGGGUUACAGGCCCAACUUUGAUGAAGGGGUACUGGAAGAACCCUACUGCGACAGCUGAUACGAUUGCUGUUGACCCAGAUGGUACCAGGUGGCUCAAGACUGGCGACAUUGCUUACGUCGAGUCCUUCGAGCCUGGAGCAAUCUUUCACAUUGUCGACAGAAUCAAGGAACUCAUCAAGGUCAAGGGGAACCAAGUCGCACCGGCCGAGUUGGAGGCUGUCCUCCUCGACCACCACGAGAUAGCAGACGCUGCUGUCAUUGGCGUCCCAGCUAAUGGAGACGAAGUCCCACGAGCAUACAUCGUCAAGGUCCAGGGCUCGCAGAUCGCUGGAGAGGAAAUAGUGAAAUGGAUGGAAGAGAGAGUCGCCAAGCACAAGCGUCUCAAGGGCGGAGUCAGGUUUGUCGAGGCGAUUCCAAAGAACCCGUCUGGAAAGAUUCUUAGAAGGGCUCUUCGGGAUAUGGCCAAGGCUGAAUUCAGCAUUGACCUUUCUCGGUCGAAGCUCUGA